GCGGGGCGGGAGGGGCCAGACCGAUGGGACGGCACCCUCGAACCCUCCUCGUGAGAAUAUUCAACGGGCUCGUCGGAUACAGCGAUGGGCUGGCGAUGCAGGAAUCGCUCCACGCCGCUCGCCGCGCGUCCACGGUGCAUGAUACGCUGCUCGUUCUCCAGCAUAAGCACGUGUACACCAUAGGCAAGCGCCCGAACGAGCGCAACAUCCUCGCCGACGAGGACGAGCUGAGGGCGUGUGGCGCGGAGGUGCACAAAACCCGGCGCGGCGGCGACGUCACCUACCACGGCCCGGGCCAGUUUGUCAUGUACCCCGUCGUGAACUUGCGAGAAGCGAAAGUCGGGGCGAGGGCGUACGUGGAGGGUUUGGAGGACGUGAUGAUCGACUGCGCCCGGGGAUUCGGGGUUCGGGCGAGGGGUCGCGUGCCGGGGAUGACGGGGGUGUGGGCGGGGGACAAGAAACUCGGCGCGGUGGGGGUGCAAAUAAGCCAAGGGAUCGCGUCGCACGGGCUGGCGAUGAACCACUCGCUCAGUUUAGAGUGGUUCGACCGCAUCGUGCCGUGCGGGUUGGAGGGGCGCGCGGUGACCACGCUCGAGCGCGAGUGCGGGACACGCCUGGAGCACGAGGCGGUGCAGGCCAGCUUGGUGGAGUGCUUCGCCAGGCGGUUCGGGUACGACGACGUGCACGCGAGGCGGUUGGACGCGGAUGGUUGGAGGGAAGCGUCAAUUUUUUAGAACUUUUUUUUCGUUCGUAUGCGAAUUUAGUUGGAGCG